GAAGAACUAAGUUAGAUAGAAGAGUUAGAUAUAUAUAUAUAUAUAUAGUUUCAAUAUUAUUGCAAAUUAAGUCAUAUAUAUGGCUGUGGAAGAAGGGUCUCAUGAUGACUACACACAGGAUGGUACUGUGGAUCUCAAAGGCAAUCCUGUCCGUAGAUCUCAGAGAGGUGGAUGGAGAGCUUGUUCCUUUGUUGUUGUGUAUGAAGUGUUCGAACGCAUGGCCUAUUAUGGUAUUUCAUCAAAUUUGAUCAUAUAUUUGACCCACAAGCUACAUCAGGGUACUGUCAAGUCCUCCAACAAUGUCACCAACUGGGUUGGGACAAUUUGGAUGACCCCAAUCCUAGGUGCCUACGUGGCAGACGCCCAUCUCGGCCGCUAUUGGACGUUCCUGAUUGCAUCUGGAAUCUAUUUCAUGGGAAUGUGUGUGUUAACACUAUCAGUUUCAGUCCCUGGACUAAAACCACCUGUUUGUCAUGAAGUUAAUACCGCAGACUGUAAGAAGGCCUCAACCACACAGUUAGCUGUGUUCUUUUUUGCACUGUAUACACUAGCUAUUGGGACUGGUGGGACGAAGCCCAACAUUUCCACGAUCGGUGCAGACCAAUUUGACGACUUUGAGCCCAAGGAGAAAACCCAAAAGCUCUCAUUCUUCAAUUGGUGGAUGUUCAGUAUCUUCUUUGGCACCUUUUUUGCCAACACCAUUCUUGUAUACAUACAAGACAAUGUGGGCUGGGCACUGGGCUACGGGCUCCCAACCGCGGGCCUCGCCAUAUCCAUUUUGAUCUUCUUGGCUGGCACUCGACUUUACAGGCAUAGGGUGCCCACAGGAAGUCCUUUCACAAGGAUGGCUAAGGUCAUUGUGGCUGCCCUGAGGAAGUGGAGGGUACCCAUUCCUAAUGACCCCAAAGAACUAUAUGAACUUGACUUGGAAGUGUACACCAAAAAGGGGAAGUUUAGGAUUGAUUCCACGCCCACUUUGAGGUUCCUCAAUAAAGCUUGUGUGAAGACUGGUUCAACUGAUCCAUGGAUGCUAUGCUCAGUUACCCAAGUUGAGGAGACCAAACAAAUAUUAAGAAUGUUACCAAUUUUGGUAGCAACCUUUGUUCCUAGCACAAUGAUUGCGCAGAUCAACACUCUUUUCAUUAAGCAAGGCACUACUCUUGAUAGAAAUCUUGGCAGCUUCAAAAUCCCCCCGGCCAGCUUAGUAGGUUUUGUGACCUUCUCUAUGCUUGUUUGUGUUGUUCUAUAUGACCAGUUCUUUGUCAAGAUCAUGAGAAGGUGGACAAAGAAUCCUAGGGGCAUAUCCCUCCUCCAGAGAAUGGGAAUUGGUAUGGCAUUUCAUAUCUUCAUAAUGAUGAUCGCGUCGCUCAUUGAGAGGCAUAGACUAAGUGUUGCCAAGGACCAUGGUGUAGUUGAAAGUGGAGGCCAAGUGCCUUUAACCAUAUUCAUUUUACUUCCUCAAUUUGUGCUUAUGGGAACUGCUGAUGCAUUUCUAGAGGUAGCCAAGAUUGAGUUUUUCUAUGACCAAGCACCGGAAAGCAUGAAGAGUCUUGGGACUUCCUAUUCCAUGACUACUUUAGGAGUUGGGAAUUUCAUCAGUAGCUUCCUUCUGUCAACAGUUUCUCACAUCACCAAGGAGCAUGGUCACAAAGGAUGGAUUCUCAAUAACCUCAACGAUUCUCAUCUCGAUUAUUACUAUGCAUUUUUCGCCAUACUGAACUUCUUGAACUUCAUUUUCUUCUUGGUCGUGAUCAAGUACUAUGUGUAUAAGGCUGAAGUUUCAGAUUCGAUGGAAGUGCUUAGAGAUGAGUUAAAGGGAUCGAUGACACCUAGGGUCUCUAACCAAGUAGAGUUGACAUAGAUUGACCAAAUGAAAAGGGAAAAAAACAGAUUUAAACUUGGUGAAACAAGUAAGGAAUGGUUUCUGAGCAAGCUAUCUGUCUCGAAGAACAGUUCUUUAAGUUUCAAGCAAUCAAUUGAUGGUGUGGCUUGGUUGUGAUGGAUUACUAAUACAGUGUGUGUGAGUGUGUGAUUUUCACCUCUUAACGAAAGUACUGUAUACACUUGGUAAAGGAAAGGAAAAGAAUGCAACAUUGUUGUGUAUAGGCUUGGAAGUGGUUCUCAUGAUCAUCUGUCUAUAUAUCUAUUUACUGGAAAUGGUUUGGAAGACAGAUGCAUUCACUUUUUUUUUUUUUUUGAAA